UACCUUUAUAUGCCAGUCUUUGUCAAUGGGAACCAUUGGGUUUCCAUGCAAGUGGACUUUCAGAUGCAUAGUGUUGCAUAUGGGGACUUGCUGUCGAACCCACACUCACUCAAGAAAGCUGUACAGCAUCUCCAAGGCUGGCUCAAACAUGUGUUCAAGGUCUCGUUUCAUGACGCCGAAGAUUCGCUAGUGCACGGCCUCCAAAACAAUACCUACUUCUGUGGGAUAUGUACAAUCAAUACUAUUGAGCACAACACUUUUGGAGCCGAAUUAUUCAUGCAUGCAAGUCGUCGUCUUUGGCAUGUUCGCUACUUCAACCAGCUAGCAAAAUUACAUAAUGAGUCUUCAAAUGUAAAGCCCACAAUGGGGUAUUUUCCAUGUAGCUUUGAAGAAUGGUUAGACAAUGAUCAGGCAACAUCGGCGAUGGACUCG